UCGUUUCGUUUGGUUUCGUUUCGUUUGGUUUCGUUUCGCAAAGUACAGCAAGCCUUUCUUGAUAGGUUCUUGUCUUUGCCUUCGCCCAGAUCAGACGGAAUUACGGAAGUUGAAAAAAUAUCGAAUUCAUACGGUCUAACCUGUGCUGUGGAAGUGAUGGGAAGGGGGUGGGGAGGGAUGAGGAAAACAAAUGGAACAGGGCAGAGGUGAGAUAAGAGAGGCUGUAGAAAUCGGCGGAGCGUUUUUUCACAGAGUUCGGUUUUUUUCUUUAAGUUGUGAUUGCUUUAAAUUUGUAGUUUCACGGAUAAAAUCGCUGGAAAUUGUUUAAACGAGGGAGGCGAUACAUUCCGCUAAUUUGAUGGUCAGGAUUCACUGGAAAUCUUGAAUUUGGAAAGAAGCACAUGACGAAAUUUGCGUCUAAUGAACAGUGUGAGUCAAAGAAGAUGUGGACAAUUCAGAAGGCCAGGCUACAUUUUUUAUCUAAACAAAGAUGGCGGCCGCUAGCGAGUUUCCAACAGAACUUUCUACCCAUCCUUUGGGUCUCAUAGCUCUUAUGGGACUUGAUGUUAGUCAGAAACCUUUGCACAAAGCUAUCUGGGAGUCUUUUUCUGUGAACAGGCAUCCUGAGAGAGUUCCAUUAUCUUUUCGACUUCUGCCCAUUGAUCACGAAUUUCCCAAAGCAAAAUCAAAGCGUUCUACCUACGAGUGGUACUUGCCAAAGGGUAUCUUAAAGACAAAGUGGAUGUACAAACAUCUUUAUCUCUCCCCUGCCGUGGUGGUGAUGUUUUAUGAGUUGGAUUGGGAUGAUGCUCAGUGGAAAGACAGGCAAACUGAAUGUGCUUCAAAACUAGAAAGAGUCAGGACCAACCUCCAAGACCAGAACACCAAGGUUGCUGUGGUUCUUAUCCAAAAAAAUGCUCCCCUUCCUCCAGGUGAUGAUUUACAAGCACUAGAAAGAGCAGCAACACUGUGCAGUGCAUGUGACCUAUCAGCCAAAUCAUUGUUUGUCCUUCCACAUACAGAUCACUUGAUUGGCUACACAAUCAGCCUGGAGAAUGCUUUUUAUGAUUUAGCACAGAGUUAUUACCAUGGAGAAUGUAGGAGAGUUAAAGCUCACAAGGAAUUUCUUAACAAAGGAACUCAUCAGCUGUUGUUAGUACGACACCAAUUCAAGGUUGCCUUCUUCAAUGAGCUAAGACAGGACCCUCACUCUGCUAUCAAGCACUACAGGCAGGCUUACAGUCUUCUCGGAGAAAUCAAGACAAUGGAUAUGAAUAUGCUAGAGAUCAAAGUUGUUGCAGGAUUUAUUAAUUACAAGAUUUGUCGUCUAAGUUUCCAAGCUUCAGCUCCAUUAGAUGCCAUAUCUCAAUUCAGAAGGCAUGUGGAUUUGUUCAAGGAAAAGGUUGGCUGCCCUGACUUAGCCUUUGAACACUCAGCCUGGCUCUCUAAACAGUUCAGUUUAUUUGGAGAACUGUUUGAUGAAGCCAUCAGGAAUGGGUUGACUGCCCUACAGACUCAACACCCAGGGUUUUACUACCAACAAGCAGCGAACAAUGCCAUUGUCAGGAGACAGCUUUGCCAGGGCUUAUGUCAUAGCACCACUCCACUUAAUAUGAAUCCCUUAGAAAAUGCUGGAAAUCUUGACUUCUAUGGUCAUAGACCUUGGAGGCAAGGGUUUCAAGUGUUAGAAAAGGCUGGAAUUAUAGCCUUACAAUCUCAAGAAAUACAGGUGGACCAUUCAUGGAUUAUAAUUCCCCUUCUCAGUAGUGCAGUGGCACAGUUUAAAAAGUACAAGUCGCCUAGGAUGAAAAGAUACCUGAUGGUUCAAAUGGGCGAGGAGUACUACCAUGCUAGGGAUUACAGUAAAGCCUUAUUGUUGUUGGGAAAAGUCACGUGGGAUUACCGCAGAGAAAAGUGGUGGUCACUUCUUACUUCAGUUUUAAUCACAUCACUGAGGUGUGCAUACUUGGUUGGCAAUGUGGAAGAAUAUAUCACCCUUUCGCUGGAAUUGAUGGGAAGAUAUGUUGAAAAUUCACCUGAAGAAAAAACAAGAUGUCAAACUAAUCUCAUUCACGUUAUGUCGAAUGAAUGUCCUGAACCCGAGCCAGGCUGUGACUUUGAUUCAGUGGAGGAAGCCAAAGAGCUAUGGAAAACACUCAAAGUGACGCCACAGGCACCUCAAGUGUUUACAAUACAGAUGGAACAGAUAGCACCAUUUGUGGAAUGCAAGGCAGUAUUCGAUUCAGUUUCAACUACAGCAGAUUCAACCAUCCUUCUUCAAAUUUAUUUGAGGGUUUCUUGCCCUUUUCCCAUCCGUUUCUCGAAGAUUGCCGUUUUCUUUAGCAAUCAGUUUUAUAACCAACAGUGUGUUGUGGAGGCAGGAUCCCCUCAAGGGGAGGGUGGACUGUAUCUUCUUCCAGCAAAGACCAAAGUGAUACCAUUUCAACUAGUGCCCCAGCCCGAAGAUGUUGGAAAACUACUUCAGGUCACCUCUGUUGCUCUGGAGCUGGGUUCUCGCGAGUCUCGGUGUGCCGUACUGGUGUGGAGUGGCUGGGGAGGGGAGACUGGUAACUUAAGCCCUCCCUUCGUGUCAUACGGUUUAAAAUCUGCCAGCAAGGAGGAUCAGUUUGACUGGGAUGAUUUGAAGAUCAUCUCAAAAAUUAAGAUUGAAUCGCGCAAGCCUAGGGUUAAUAUUACACUCAAGCAUGAACCACCAGCCCUGGUGAACGAGUUUUAUGAACUUCAACUGGUUGUUGAGAGUUUGGAAGAAACGCCAGUGAAAGACCUCAGAGUCUGGCUUGGAUUCCAGGACGAGCCGGAAUCUCCCGAAAGAGGCGCUUUGAUUUACUCAGAGGUACCCGUGGCAGAUAUGGUUGAGAGGGGUGCAACGAACUUUUUGGACUUUACUGUGGAUGGAAUAACUGAUAAGAUCGAGAGGUCGUACUUCAUUAAAUGUUCCCAAGUAGGUUCGCGGACUGUAACAGCAAAGAUUACUUAUACCGUAGAUGUCCAAGUAGAACCCAAUUCUUCGCCAGUCACCUGUACUUGUGCUAAGGAGGAAAGUGUUGCUAUCAAGACUGUUAUGCCAUUUGAAAUCUCAUUGUCGCUAACAAACCUUAAGUUGGAAAGGCUAGAUCAGCUGUUCGAAGAGGAACCAUUCCUCUUGUUAGCUGGAAUCAAAUGCACUUCACCUUGGCCUGUUACCAUGGUUGCCACGACAUUAAAUAUGUCUCCAGAAGUGAACAUUGUUGGCGAAGAGAUGGGAUCACAGUUACAAGGGAUCUCUUUGCAGCAGGGCGAAAGUGCGUCGGAAUGCUACUGCUUAGCUGUGAAAGAGGGUGUCAGUAAAAUGAAGGUCGUAAACAUUGGGAGUCUUGCCCUCCAGUGGAGACGAACUUCGGCGACUGAUAAGUUUCCAGUUGUGGUCACAGAGCUUACUUUUCCUUCUGUAACAGUAGAAAGUGUUCCUUUUGCGAUACAGGCAGAGUUACCUGCAUACGGCUGCGUACAGACUCCACUUUUUGUAAGCUAUCUCGUCCGCAAUAGGACGCCUCAAGUCCAGGAAGUAGAAGUGACAGUGGAGCCAAGUGACGCUUUCGUGUAUUCAGGUCAUAGACAGAUUCAAUUCCGACUGCUGCCAACUGGUGAUCAUAGGCUCAAGUUUAGUUUGUAUCCUCUUUACGCUGGCUUUGUGACUCUUCCCAAGCUGCAUUUCAAUCUGCCUCGCUUUCAGGCUAGCUGGGAUGAGCAUGCCCAGAAAUUGGUUCCAACCAAUGUUUUUAUAAAGCCUCGAGGCCGGGAAUUGGUAUCCAAGCAGAAGCCUGGUUACGAAUACUGAGAUAAAGAGCAGAGCAAUGGAGACUGGAGGCAAACUUUCUAAUUAUGGUCACACAAGGAUAUUAACCAGUAAAGUGGUGCGGUGGAGGUUUAAACUGCUCUAAACCGACAGCAGAUAAAAGGAAUAUAUUUUAGGUAGUGCAUUUAUCGGCUGGCUGGUGAAUUGCAGGUGUUUAAGGCAAAACGGAGCUGUGAUUAACAAAACUGUCAGCGUUUCGUGCGCAUGUCCUAUUGAUAUGAAGUAAAAACGCACUCAUUUGUGAAAGUUAUAUUAGGAUGUACCGCGCCACUUCCUUACUGUGGAUUAAGAAAAACAAGAAUAACGCUACUACAUGUAAUGACGACUCAGUUAGCGAGUUUCGCUGUUACUGGGUUUCUUCCUCGCCCGCGUUGACUACUGGUCAACAUGUCUAAGUUAUGCACAUAAUUAUUCCUUGGGAAUUAGAUGAAAGCACUUCUCAACUGAGUAUCGUAAAGCCAAACCAUUAUAAUCACAACGGCCAAUCAAAGGAAGAAAACAAGUUAAAGAAACCAUGAGAAAUCAGGGGGAAAAUAAGCAAACUGCCUAAAGCGCGGGAAAACGCGGGCGACAAGUCGUGAGUGGUUUUAAGUUUACAUCUGAUUGGUUGAGAGAGAAACGCGAGUGUUCUGGACCAAUUACAGAGUGAAGUUAAGCAAAACCAAUGCAAUCCUGGCUUACUUUCGACAAUCAAUAGAAAUUUUUUCAUGAGUUCGAGAUUUCUUUGGCGUGAUAGUUGAUGAUAGCCAAGCUUAGAGCUUACAACGUCUAUUCUUCUACAAGUUAUUGUUACUUAGCAAUGGAAUUUUAAAAGUCGACAGAGUCUUCGUCGUUUAAACUUAAACUGGCCAAAAUGUAAAAAAAAAAAAACAAACGAAAAAAAGUAUCAAAAUUACAACGAAUCCCUAAAAUCAAUGGCAUCAGCCAUUCUGUAAAUUGAAAUUUAGGAAAUAGAAAUGAAAUUGUGAUGUUGCAAUGUUUACGUACUUACUCAAUAGUAAUUCCUUACGAUACAAGGACAACCUACAGAUGUUACGAGGGGAUCUGGCAAAGAGGAGUGGAAAACGUGUCAGAACUUCCAAAUGACUCUGUUCUAACGAAUUGUAAGCGCUGUACAAUUGAGCCUAGUCAGAGACGUAAUGGUACGAAGUAAUAUAUUUUAUAAAUAUCUGA